AUGCCUGGAUAUCAAGGUGCUGCAGGGCCUGAUGGGCCGCCGGGUCCCAUGGGGCCUCCAGGAGCUGCAGGAAAAAAUGCCACAGUAAGUAAUUUGAUCUUUUGUGCUGAUUACAAACUGCGACCAAAAAUUCAGUAUUGUCUUUGCCCUGCUCGUGGAGAUCCCGAUGGACCACCGCGUACUUUAGCAGUCGCGAAACCCGUGGACCCAUAUUAA